ACUUGGACCGGCAUUACGAACCGAGGCUUUGGAACUGCAUUUGGUUUGGACCGCGAUGGAUACUGUCAGAGCCAUCCUUUAAUAAUCAAAGAUAACUCGCCCCUCUCUCUGACAGCGGGGCAAAAGGCCUUGAGUAUGAAAUAUCAUUUGUCCCUCCGUAUUGUUGAGAUUGGACUGUCUCUACCCCCCGGCUUUUUGCGUACCUGACUUCAGAUUUUAUCGGCAAUAUCUGUUGUUAAUCUACACCGUUAUUCAUUGUUGAACUCUGAGCCUACUGGGUUGGAAAGAGAGAGUCAUGCCUCUACCACAGCCAGAUCUGCCUGAGCCUGCGCACCCUAAUAUAGAUUCGAUGUUGAGCCGGAAGUUUGGAAAGGAGGUUGCGAACUACUUCUCCGGGUCCCCUCUAAAUCGCGUAUCCUUCCUCAGACCUGACCAUGCAUUCCUCUCCGCUGCCCUCAAACAUCCCUCCGCUACAUUUCUCCUUUUCAGGAACCUCGAACCGCUUAUCAAGAAUCCAGAUGGCUCUGCACUUGCAUAUGCCACCUAUAGCGAAGUCCAACCCAUAAUUGGCGAAGAUCCAUUUGCUACCUCAGAAGAGGACCUGAUCAAGGAAUUCAAUUCGCAAAAGUACAUACCGCAAAUCAUCUUUCUGGGGUUGGAUGAGAGGAAGGAGGGUAUUGUGUACAAGGAGCAUUACAAGGGACAGCCUUACUUCGCGCUAGAUGUGACACCCAAGGCGAGCGUGACCGAAGCGGCAGAAAAGUUGAUUAAAGAUUUGGAGGGACGAGGUUUGAGCUUCUCAAAAGGCAGGAUGAAUCUCUCGUUACAAGCUCAGGAAGCUGCCAUCUACGCCGAAGCCCGCCAUCUCCUCGACUGGAACGCGCGCAACCCCUACUGUGCCCAAUGCGGCUACCCAACCAUGUCCGUCAACGCCGGAUUCAAACGCACCUGCCCACCCAAGGACCUUGCGCGAGAACUGAAGAAGAAGAACCCCGAGCGACCACCCUGCGCCACCCGUACUGGCAUCUCGAAUCUCAGCUUUCCCAGAACAGACCCUACCGUCAUCAUGGCUGUCGUUUCUGCGGAUGGCCAGAAAAUGCUUCUGGGUCGCAACAAGCGCUUCCCACCCUACUGGUAUAGCACGCUGGCCGGAUUCUUGGAGCCGGCUGAGAGUGUGGAGGAAGCUGUGAGGCGUGAGGUGUGGGAGGAGUCGGGCGUCCAUCUUGGACGUGUGGUUAUACAUUCUACGCAGCCGUGGCCGUAUCCGGCCAACUUGAUGAUUGGCGCUAUUGGGCAGGCUAUUCCUGGAGGAGAGGACGUGCAUCUGGAUCAUGAUGCUGAGUUGGAAGAUGCGAAGUGGUUUACAUUGGAUGAGAUCAGGGAGGCGUUGAGGGUCGGCACGAGUGGUUUGGGCGAGGGGCCGGGGCCUGAGUACAAAGAAGGUGGAUUGAGGUUGCCGCCUAAGACGGCUAUAGCGAAUCAGCUUAUAAGUGCUGUGGCUAACGGGUUUGUCACUGGGAAUCCGAGCCUAUAGAUGUGACGGAUAGAAAGUAGAUUUGGAUAUAUAAUCUAGAUUUCAAUUGCUCCUCG